UCCGCGGGCCGUAGGGCAGCGAGCGGGGAGCGGCGAGCCCCCGGCCCGUCCUCUGGGUGGCGGGAGGAGGCGGCCCGCGCGGGGACGGGGACGCGGCCGGAGCGGGAGCGACAGCUCGGAGGCGGCCGCCGCUCGGGGAAAAGAUGAGCUUGUUGUCAGCCAUCGACACCAGCGCCGCGUCCGUGUACCAGCCCGCCCAGCUCCUCAACUGGGUCUAUCUCUCGCUGCAAGACACGCACCAGGCCAGCGCCUUCGAUGCCUUCCGCCCCGAGCCCUCCUCCUCGCAGCACCCCGACCUCGGCUACACCAAGAGCCCUCCGGAGCUGGGCUCAUCGCUCAGCUCCAGCUAUCUCAACAGCUUCUUCCAGCUCCAGCGCAGCGAGGCUCUGAGCAGCAGUCUGUAUAAGAGUGCAUCUCCUUAUGGCUCUCUUAACAACAUAGUGGAUGGGUUAAGCUCCCUCACUGAACAUUUUUCUGACAUGUCCCUUUCUUCAGAAGCCAGAAAACCCAGCAAGAGGCCACCUCCUAACUACCUGUGCCACCUCUGCUUUAACAAGGGACACUACAUCAAAGACUGCCCACAGGCUCGUCCCAAGGGAGAAGGCCUGACCCCGUACCAGGGCAAGAAACGCUGCUUCGGUGAAUAUAAGUGCCCCAAAUGCAAGAGAAAAUGGAUGAGCGGAAACUCCUGGGCCAACAUGGGACAAGAGUGCAUCAAGUGCCACAUUAAUGUUUAUCCUCACAAACAGAGACCCCUGGAAAAGCCAGACGGCCUGGACGUUUCAGACCAGAGCAAAGAACAUCCCCAGCACCUAUGUGAGAAGUGCAAAGUUUUGGGCUACUACUGCCGCCGUGUGCAAUAAACCUUCCAAGUGGCCUCUUCCCGUCCUCCUCAUCCUUAAAGAUCCUCUGACAGCACACGAUCAAGAGCAACACAACAAAUCAAGAUAAAAGCUAAAAUAAUUGCCAACAUUGCCUAUCUAUAACCUAAUAGUAUGCCUUACAUUAACGGAAUGUAACAUUUCUCCUGUGUAUGCACACACAUGCAACAGGUAUUUACAGGACUAUGGUGAAUUUGUAUACAUCAUAUAUAUGUAAGCUUACAUAUAUAUAUGUACACACAUAUAAGCAUUACUGAUAGUGUUCACAACAGAACCACAGUUGCAGGUUCUGCUGAUUGUUUACACAGACCUUAUACCACGGUCAAGUGAAAUGAAGUACUAUUCUUUAGGUAAGAUAUAACAUUCACACGGACUGUAUGUGAUAAAUGGGUUUUGCAGAGGUUAAAUAACUGUGGGGCCACUGAUUAGAAGCGCUCACCCACGACAUGAAUACUAUUCCUAUUAUAUGACAAGACAAAGGAAGAUUAAACAAGCCAUAGCAUAAAAGAAGGAAAAUAAUCGUUCUCCCAGUUUUAGAAAGUCUGAGAGUUUUGUGUUGCUGCUUUCUUGGACUUUUCUAUUUGUUAGCAUCACUUGGGCAGGGCUUAGGCAAAAUCAUUUUUUGCAGGAUGUGGCAAAAAAAAGUGAAUAAUUGUUUGAGGGUGUGGUUGUACAGAAAGGGAAUGCCAUAACGGGACCCAUAGCAUCAGGAAGGAUUCCAAGAGGUUUUUGGAGGAGAUAAAAUUGGCUUGACUGUGUGACUAACAGAUCCUUCUCUUGUCAUGUAAUUCUGCUACAACAGGUUUUGCAUGUGUAUGCGCUAUCCAUUAGGCUGCAAGCACACUAAAUUUACUGUGAAUAAAGGGGGAUAAGAAUGCUUAAAACUGUCCCCCAAACCCGUAAUUGAAUGAUUAGCCAAACUUACUAUUUAUAAUAGUUUUAAAGCCACUUUCUGGAAAUAUUUUUAUGUCCUGUUUUCUACUGUACAAAUUUGUUAUAAUGUAAAACUUUUUAGCCAUAAGGUGUUAUGAGGUAUGAAGAACACUCUAUAUAUCUUCCCACUUUUCUGUCUUCCUGAAACACCUAUUUACCUUAGAAGAAAUGUAGGAGUUAUAUUGGGUUGUCCCAUUUCAGGUGGAACUUUGGGCAGGGUCAUCCUGUUGCGAAGUAGUAUCUCAUCAGGGAUGAGCUGAAAGUACCUCGAGACAGUAUCCUGUUUAUAUGUCUGUAUAAGAAUACAUCGGCAUAAGGACAAAACAAGCAAUUCACUUGCAUUAUUCACUGAGAAAACUUACAGGGAUGAUGGUUUGUGUGUUUUUAGGUUUUGGGUUUUUUUUUUUUUUUUUUUUUAAAUCAACAAUUUCUAUUUUUGUGAGGUUUCCUUUAGAGAUUGAUUUGUGUGAAUACUUAGUGGAAAUAUUUAAAAUCCAAAAUAACUUGAUGUGAAUUAAAUCUGUUUUGAGGAUUAAUUCCACAGUGCUAAUACAGAGAGGGUUUUGUGCCAAGUAAUACCAAAAUGUAACUAGUAUGUACAGUCAAGCUCUUGGAAAGCAAACUGAAAACUCAGUGAGCAUUCCUGUAGGAAAUGUGAAGGUCUUUAUGAAUUUGUUCUAAGGUGAAACUUUGACCGUUUCUCUGCUUUGUUCUAAACAGGGCAAUAUUGUUUCCGCUUAUUCUGGUGGUAGGGUAAUGUACGUAUCUCACAAACUGCAUUACUUAUGUGUAGCCCAAGUGACAUAGCCCACUGGUCAGACCGAUGAAAAAACCUUGGGAUUUGUUGCUUCUGACCAUGACUCUUGAAUUAGCUCCCUGAUUUGGGGCAAGUCACGAGAUCCUUCUUGGACUUCAGUUCCCCCAGCUGCAAAAGGGGGAUAAUAAUACUUCAGUGCACCUACCUCACAGCAGUGUUGUGAGGCUUACUCAAUAUCUAUUAGCGUUUUGACAUCACUGGAUGAAAAAUGCUAUGUAAUUCUAAAAUCUUAACGAAAAUUAAUCACUUUGAAACUAGUUUUGCCAAGAUGGUAAUUCUAUAAACUAAAAUAGCUGAAGAAUAAUAUUAUUGAAUGUUAACACUAAUAAGAGAUUUCACUUACGUCAGUCAAGAUAUACAAUUUUAGCUGUUUCAAAUAGAAAUGCAUUCUUUUGCACAGAUUCAGAAAAAUCACCUUAGAAAAAAACAAAGAUACUAAUUUGCCCAUAAGAGAAUAAAAUACACAGGUGACUUCAAGAGUGAACUUUCAAAGUUCGACCUCUAGCGUUAAUCUUGAUAAUUAGUUUCAAGCAUGCAUGCAUUUAUUGAAAGAACCACAUAUUAAACCAGAUCUGUUUUUCUCCUUUCGAGCACAUAACAGAACAUGAAGAGAUACCUUUGGUGCUUCAUAUCCAACUAAAGGAUAAACAAGUAGAUGAACUCCAUCAGGUGAAAAAUCAGAGAAUUCUUUUUCUCCCUGAAACUAACACUGCUACCAAGCAUUUUGUUUUUACAUAAUUCCUGUUUUAUGAUAACCACUAAACCAGUAGAAUAGCACAUCUCUUGGUAUAGCUAUAUCAGUAUAAAGCAUACCAGCAGAUACUGAACAAAAACCAACUGCCAAUGCCAUUUUAUGCAAUCAUCACUAUUCUCACGACAGUGCUCUCUUAAAAAUUGUUUAUCCAGAUUCAGAGUUGCAUGGUGGUGCUUUUAGGUUUUAUUUUAAAAUAAAACUCCUAAAAAUAUACGUGAUCAACUUCAACAUACUUAAUAUCUUUCUGUGUAAAGUAACAGUUCUUAAAAGUAGAGUUAAAAGAGUUCAAUAUUUAUAUCACACUUUUCCAGGUAGCAGACAAAGUAUAUAAGAAAUAUUAAGUAUAUCUAAAAUAACAAGGAGGAAAACGGAUUUUCCCCUGCACUUAUGUUGGGGAAGAACAGAUAAAAAAACAAAACAUGGGGAGAAGCUAGAAGCUAGGCACUGCCCUACUUUGUCCUGCCUAACUUAGAUUGCAGCUCCCUAGGGCUGGAAGCAGCGUGCUGAUCUCACUGUCCCUGCUGGAGCUGAGAGGCAUGGGGUGGGCCAGGAGAACACUGGGUACCCAGACAGGAUGCCCUUGUCCUUGUGUCUGCAGGGCUCAGCUCACACUUCCCCCCAGAAUGCAGGGCAACCCUAUUUUUCUUGUCCUGCUCAGUGCUGAAAAACUUCCUCUCUCUAGCAAGCUGGUGGCUGGGGAAGCAUGAAUGAGGUUCCUCCAUCCCUCCUGCCAAGGUUUGCUCAUAGGACUGUAGCAUCCAGCGCUAGGCAUCUGCUCCACGCUCUUCUGUAUGCUUGGUGUCUCGCUGGAGAAACACAUGGGUCUAAGAACCAUACAAUAGCUUAUGGUCAUUGGCACAGAAGGAAAAUUUAUGAAUUUUAAUUUCACAUUAAAAAAAAAAAAAACAGAAAAAAGAUUGACUAUAGACAAUUUAAAAAAAAAAAAAAAAGUAAUUCACCUGUAGGCAAAACUCCUUCCAAACUAAAAAUACAACCUGAAAAGUCAUCGUUUGACUGGGAAGAGGAUGAGUUUAUUUGCCACUUGGAUUUUUAGGAAUACUUUCUGAUGUUCUCUUUAAAUAGCUCUACAUUUAGACCAUUAGCUAGUAUUCCUUAAAGGGAUUUUUAAUCAGCUAUCAGAAACAAAGCUGUUCCAGAAAGAAUUUUAGAUCAGUGCAGGUCUCCCUACAUAGAGUAUUCUCAGAGGCGUACCUGAAAUAAAUUUAUCUCUCUGCCUUUAUUUGUCAAGCCUGGUUUUAAACCUCAUCAGAUGCUUGCUAUUAUCUGCCUACCUACAGAUCCAUAGGUCCAUCCAGCAUGCAGCAGUUAUUUUGUGGAUGAUUUCCUUCCCUCUUCCUCCUCCUUUGGACAUUUUUUGGUUCAUUUAUUUCUUGAAAAAAAAAAAAUCUAGUAUUGUUUCUUUAGUUGGUCAGAACAUUU